AUGGCCUCGGAUAACGGUCCUAUCGCGACCGAAGCCCCCCUCCUGGCAGCGACCACCCCCGUCGCAUCAGACGUGUUCGCGCUCGGGGGAGAUCCUGCUCGCACCAAGUCGCUCAAGAGAGCUCGCGAGACUACUCCAACUUCACCCACCUCCGCCGCCGAUCCGCCUGCCGACCUUGCCGCCGCUGCUGUCGCUGCCGCCCCCUUCGAUUUUCCCUCCCCGACGAAAUCCGCUCGCUUUGCCCUCGCAUCUACCCGUCGCUCCCCCACGCCCUUGACUGCAGCCGCUGCGCUCGAAGCCCUCGAAGAAGAGCGACGACGCGAGCAACGCCUGAACCCUCCAGCAUCUAGCGAUAACCCAGGUCACUCGGUCUUGUCUGUACUCGCCGGUAGUGUUGCUGCCAUGAGCCGCGCCGAGGACGCGCCACAGGCUCCUACAGCGUCCAUGGAAACCUCCAUCAAGGAGCCCCAACCCGUCUCGAUACCACAAGCCGACAAUGUGCCCGCAGACAAUGCAGAGGUCAGCCCGCAAAGCGCGACGAGCGCCGCCAGCAUAGCAGGCGCACUCGUGACUGCUAGCCCGGGCCCAAUGGAGGUCGAUCACAAGAACGACGAGCAGUCUCAACAGCCUCACCAGCAGCCUCAGCUCACCCAGGCCCCCCCACCGCCGGCCCCGGCCCCUGCUCAGGAAGACAAGACAACGCCCGGAUCACUGUCAUAUCCCGGAUCUCUCCAAGCCGCUGCCAUGAUGCCCGCUCCGCCCGCGCGUGGCAUGAGCUUUCCCAUGCCGUCACCCGGUCACGACUCUCCUACCCAAUCGUCUGGCAAAAAACACAAGUGCCCUUUCUGCGAGACCGAGUUCACGCGCCAUCACAACCUGAAGAGUCAUCUGCUCACUCACAGUCAGGAGAAGCCGUACAUCUGCCAAGAAUGCUCAAUGCGCUUCCGGCGCCUUCACGAUCUGAAGCGCCAUAGUAAACUCCACACCGGCGAGAAGCCCCAUGUGUGUCCGAAAUGCGAUCGCAAGUUUGCCCGUGGUGAUGCGCUGGCCAGACACAGCAAGGGCGCUGGCGGAUGUGCCGGCCGCCGCUCAAGUAUGGGGAGCUUUGCUGAGACGGACGACAUGGACGGCCCAAGCAUGGCCGAGGGCGAUGAAUCGAUGGCCGGCGUCGUCUACGGCAACGACGAAGACAUGACUGAAGAGGAGAGACGCCUGAGCCUGCCAAGCAUCAAGGCUCAGCACGUAGCACAGGGCGGCAUCGAAGGAUACAACGCUCACUCCCGGACUUAUCCACCGGCAGGACCACGACCCGGAACGACCGGUGGACUUUACCCGCCCAACGUCGACCGCGGUGCGUCAAGUACCAAUACAUCCCCAAGCAUGCCCAACAGCAUCGCUGGAGGCCAUACGCCCAACACGAGCGUGUCUUCCAUGCCCCAGCAACACUUUGGCCGCAGGCCUUCUGAGAGAAACACUUCCCCAGUAUUCGCUGCUCCGGCUGGUGCACAGGCGGGCGCGGCUCAUGGCCGCGGCGCCGGAAGUGGGGCCGAAAACGGCAAUAACAUGUUCGCUUCAGACCCUGGCCUCUGGGCGUAUGUCCAAACUCUGGAGGACAAGGUCAAGCAAUUGUCUGAUAGGAUCACGGCAUUUGAGAAGGCCGAUACGGCAAAGCAAGCCCAGAUCGGCCUGCUCACGAGCGAGGUCACGGGGCUGAAGAAGCAGCUUGAGGCUCGCGAGGUGGAAACAACGGAGGCCCAAGCGUAA